AUGUAUCUUUGGCUACCAGGAAGUCGUUUCUUCACAAAAAGCAUUUCUAACUCCUAUAUAAGGAAAGACAACUCCACAAAUCUAUACUCUCUCUCGCUCUAUCUCAAAACUCCAUUACAAGUCACAAAUUUACAUCUUGACCUUGGUGCUUCACUGACUUGGGCUGACUGUACUCGUCGUUACAAAUCUUCCUCCUAUCAGUGGCGGAGCCAGGAUUUCCGCCGAGAGGGUUCAAAAUAUAAAAAACACCUUCUCUAUAACGACACCCUUUGCAUUGCCCUUGAAACCGGCAUCUAUGGCAAUUGUUACAAGAAACCCGGUCCCGGUUGUUCCAAUGACUCGUGUAACUAUUUCCCUGAAAACUCGGUCACACACGAGCCUUAUGUGAAAGUACUACUAUCUGAGGAAUUGGCAUUACCAACCACAGACGGCCAGAAUCCUUGUAAACUCGAGCUCAUCAAAGAUUUUGUUCUUUCAUGUGCUAAUACAAAACUACUCAGGGGACUCCCUAAAGGAGUCACCGGAGUAGCCGCAUUAGGAAGAUUCAACUAUUCAUUACCAUUUCAGCUAAGCAGAGCUUUCUCUUCUCUGGCAAUAUUCGCAGUUUGCUUGCCUAGUUCCACCAACAGUAACGGCGUCGCAUUUUUCAACACAGCCGGACCUUACUACCUCCAACCAAGAAUUGAUGUUUCAAAAUCAUUGAUUUACACUCCAAUGCUGUUAAAUCCAUACGUUGGAACUGUGAUAUUAUCGUACAGGUAUUCGUCCAACGAUGAGUACUUCAUUGGAGUGAGUUCGAUGAAAAUCAAUGGUAAAUCCGUGCCGUUAAAUCAAACGCUGCUGAAAAUCAACAAGGAGAAUGGGUACGGCGGGACGAAGAUUAGCACGUCGACACCACACACGGUGUUGUGGACGGAGAUGUUCAAGGUGGUGACAGAGAAGUUUGUGGCGGAAGCAAAGGCGAUGAAUUUGACAGUGACAACUCCGGUGAAGCCGUUCGACGUGUGUUUUCCGGCCAAGCUGAUUGCGACCACGCGCGUUGGACCGGCGGUUCCCACUAUUGAUUUGGUUUUGCAUAAACAGGAUGUGUUUUGGAGGAUAUUCGGGUCGAAUUCGAUGGUUCGGGUUAAGGCCCAAAAUGUGGAUGUUUGGUGUUUGGGCUUUGUGGAUGGUGGGCUUGAGCCCAGGACAUCUAUUGUGAUUGGUGGGCAUCAAAUAGAGGAUAAUUUGCUUCAAUUUGAUUUGGCUAAAAAGAGAGUUGGGUUUAGUUCUUCACUGUUGUUCAGGAGCACCAAUUGUGCAAAUUUCAAUUUCAGUAGUAGCAAGAACUAG